CGACUGUGUAGGCAACGGUCCCGCUGCUGAGGAAGACAUCAACCAUGGCCACGGAGAGCUCCUUGCACUAGAUUACCUGAAUCUAUUUCUACUUCACUCGUAAAAUGAAUUUGGAAUCGCUCGCCAUUUCAGCAUCCUCUCCCUGCACUUCAUUCGGGCAACUCUACGGUACCCUGUUCUACCUGCGCCAUGGCCGAGGAGGCCUUCACCAAAGAGCAGAUACUCCAGCAUCUCGCUUCUCGUCCACGGUGGCUCAUCGAAGGCGUUAUCACGAUCAACAACAAAGAGAAACCAGUGUUCAGCAAGUUACGACCCCGCAACUCAUCGUCGAUAGGAGCUCUUCACUGCUUGCCCCUCGAACUUCUGCACGAGAUUCUUGGCUACCUAGACCUCCAGUCCUUGUUACGCAUCUCACUUGUGUCUAGGCAUGGACAUGCAAUCGUGGAACCCCUGCCUGCGUUCAGACACCUCCUCUCAUCCGCUGGGCACGUCUUUCGCACCUUGACAAAAACCAAGGUGAUCGGGCUCCAUUCCGUCUAUACACUCAACUCCAUUCUUCGUUCGGAUCGAUGCGUUUCUUGUGGAUUUUAUGGCCCCUUCCUAUCGCUUCCCACAGCGGAGAGAUGCUGCCACGUGUGCCUAUUUGAAAACCGAUCCCUUUGGAUGAUCACCCUCGAGAGGGCUCGUGAUAUCUUCGUACUCUCCAGGAAAGACAUGAAGACGUUGCCUGUCAUGCUAAGUGUUCCUGGCCAUUACCAUAUUCGUUUUGAAACCUCACGGAAGCGUCAAUUCAGUCUUACGAGCAUUAGAGCUGUAAAAGCUCUGGCGCUCAAAGUCCACGGUUCAUACGACGCUUUGUCUGCGGCAUUUGCUGCAAAACAUCAGGCUUUAGCGGUUAAGUCGGUCCCGCUCAAGACUCUUCAGAGAUAUUCGCAGGUCCAAGAAGCGCCUUUACAACAGCUUUCGCAAGACCCCAUAACAUUCCGAUCGACGGCAAACGUUGUGAUUGACAAGUUUUGUGGCAUGGGCACCAUCCCCUUCCCUUCAAUCUCCGAGAGCGGCGUCGAGAACGGAAUAUGGUGUCGAGGGUGUGAACUAACAUCCAAUAGUCUCUGGCGGAGGCAGGAUUUUACUUCGCGUAUAAGUCUUACAGUCAGUGAGCCCGAUAGGUUCUGUCGGGGACUGGCAUAUCGUACACACUCAGAGGCAGAAUUUCUUGAGCAUGCAAAACACUGCUACUCUGCGAGUGAGGUCAUCAUGCAGAAGCUUCUCUAGGAAAUGAGGUGACUUAUUAUGUUGCCAGUACCGAGAAAUAUGAUUCUUCAUUGCCAGACUACCUGUUCUAUAAAUUUCUCAGAAAUAAUGGAACCUCUUCCCUGCAAA